AUGUCAACUACAACUGAAAGUUCAUCGUUUCUUUCAAAUACAUUAAAACGUCGUCAACAAAAACGACAUGAAGCUACUAAAAUCUUACAAGAAGGUAUUAGUUCGCUUCAUCUUUCAUCAAUAUCCAAUGAACAACAACAACA